AUUUCCUAUACCUGUCCAUCCUUCCCUCGAGUCGAGUACUCGGUAUAAUAACAACGUCCUUUUAUGGCAACUCGACUCAUCCUUGACUCAUACGUGUUCCAUGAACAGCGUUUCCGGACCUCGAAACUUGGCAUUAAACACUAUCAAGUCAAGCCUCGGACCCUUUGGCUCAACUACGUGAAGCUCAUGGUAGUUUCACAUGCGCUUUACCGAGACAGUCUUUUUUGCGAAAGAGAAAUCAGACCGUCCGGACCACCGUCGUUUGUUUCUUUGUCUUGUCUUGUUUCCUGUACCGUAUUUGUAUCACUCUACCCCGUUUCCUCUUUUCCCUUCUUGGACACGUCAAUUCAUUCGAUCCAUCUUCUUAUCCGUUCAGUCUUGAUUGGUUUCUCAAUUGUGUGUGUGUUUUUUUCCAAAACAUAUCAUUCACGGGAGCCUCCCUCAACCAUAAACAAGCCUCGAAAGCAGCUCAGUACUUAGCUUACUUUAUAUAAUACCCACAACUCGACUUCUUAUCGAUCGGGUUUGCCGCCGGCUUCGGAGACUCGCCCGAAAAUUUUCACCUGCCACAUACGGCUGAUCCUUCCAUUUUCACUGGGACUCACUCGUACAGAGUCUGCAUAGCCAGGACCAGCCUACCAGGGAACCUCAACAGUCAUAGGUACGACUCACACGCACGCGAUCUGGGAGUCACAGGGCCCUAUCGUUUAGCUCCACCCAAGGGAAGAUCGAAGCCAGCAAGGGACACACCACCAAGGCCCCAAGGGAGACAGACGCUUCACACUCUCAUCUCGGUAUUCGGCAUGUCGUCUAUCAGCCAGUUGAAAGGCCCUCAGAGGCUGUCUUGGACAACACGCCGCAUGGCCAUGCCCAACAAGUCUCAGCUUCGGCUGAGAACCCGCGGAUUGCCCUCGCGAGCACCAUCGGCCACUCACAAUCCAUCGUCACUGUCCCAAAAGAUCCAAACCUCCCCUUCCCGCCGGUCACUUCUGAACCUUGGGGUAGAUACGGGUCGUUCCCCAUCUGGCCGUCGGCCCUGCAGCGCGCUAAAUCCCGACCUGCACCGCUGCCCACCACCCCUCAUCCUCGCUGCUCCCGCUUACACCCAACCUGCGCGCUUGACUUCGGUGCCUGUCCCGACAUUUUCAUCUUCUUCCUAUCAUCCCAAAAACUUCGCGUUUGGACACCUGCGAGGACAAGCUGCAUCUCUGGUUUCUUGGCAAUCUCCCCGUCCAUUCAUUGCAAGGGCCCCGGGUUCCUACGAUUCGAUUUCCCAAAAUAGGUCCUUUGCAACCUCAGCCAUGGUCGCCAACAAGAUCGAUGGCACUGCCGUCGCCAAGAAGAUUCGGGAGUCCAUUGCCAGCGACAUUCUCGAGAAGCAAAAGGCGAACCCGAGGUUCCAGCCUCGCCUUACCAUCAUUCAAGUCGGUGACAGAUCGGACUCAAGCACCUAUGUGCGCAUGAAGCAGAAGGCCGCAAAGGAGGCAAAUGUCGAUUGUGAAUUGGUCAACUUCCCCGAGUCCAUCUCUGAGCCCGAGCUCUUGGAUCGCAUCUACCGCCUCAACGACGACCCUGCUGUUCACGGUAUCUUGGUUCAGCUCCCCAUCCCGAAGCACCUCGAUGAGUACGUCAUCACAUCUGCCGUUGCAGACGAAAAGGAUGUCGAUGGCUUCGGCACCAGGAACAUCGGCGAGCUUGCCAAGAAGGGUGGCCGCCCUUUCUUCAUCCCUUGCACUCCCAAGGGUGUGAUGGUUCUGUUGAAGGAGGCUGGAGUCGACGUGAAGGGCAAGAACGCUGUUGUCCUUGGACGCAGUGAUAUCGUUGGCAGCCCUGUCAGCUACCUGCUUCGCAACGCCGACGCGACUGUCACCGUGUGCCACUCCAAGAGCCAAGACUUGGAGGCACACCUCAAGGCGGCGGACAUUGUCAUUGCGGCCAUUGGCCAGCCCGGAUUCGUCAAGGGCGAGUGGCUCAAGCCUGGUGUUGUUGUGAUUGAUGUCGGUACCAACUACGUCCCCGAUGCCUCCAAGAAGUCUGGUCAGCGCCUCGUCGGAGACGUCGACUACGACUCCGCUGCCGAGGUUGCUUCCCACAUCACCCCUGUUCCGGGUGGUGUUGGUCCCAUGACCGUCGCCAUGCUUCUGUCCAACGUCGUCGAGUCUACAGUCAAGUCGUUUGAGAAGCAAAAACAGAGAAAGAUCUCUCCUCUGCCGCUGCACCUCAAGGAGCCUGUCCCCUCCGACAUUGAGGUCUCUAGAGCCCAGAACCCCAAGCAAAUCACUCGCCUGGCGAAGGAGGUCGGCAUUGCUUCUCACGAACUCGAGCCGUACGGAGCCUACAAGGCCAAGGUUGACUUGACCAUCCUGAAGCGUCUCGAGCACCGUCGCAAUGGCAAGUAUGUUGUCGUAACGGGUAUCACUCCCACGCCUCUUGGUGAGGGCAAGUCAACCACCACGAUGGGUAUCGCUCAAGCCCUUGGCGCCCACCUUGGCCGCGUUACAUUCGCCAACGUCCGCCAGCCUAGUCAGGGACCUACCUUUGGUAUCAAGGGUGGUGCCGCUGGUGGUGGUUACGCCCAGGUUAUUCCCAUGGACGAGUUCAACCUCCACUUGACUGGAGACAUCCACGCCAUCACUGCGGCAAACAACCUGCUCGCUGCUGCGAUUGAGACUCGCAUGUUCCACGAGAACACUCAGAAGGAUGGCCCUCUCUACAAGCGUCUUGUGCCCGCCAAGGGCGGCAAGAGAGUGUUCCCGCCAGUCUUCUUGCCCCGUCUCAAGAAGCUCGGCAUCGACAAGACGAACCCCGACGACCUUACCGCUGAUGAGAUUCGCCGUUUCGCUCGCCUCGACAUCGACCCCGAGACCAUCACCUGGAGACGCGUUCUGGAUGUCAACGAUCGCCACUUGCGUGGUAUUACCGUUGGCACUGCGCCGACUGAGAAGGGCCAGACCCGUGAGACUGGCUUCGACAUCUCUGUUGCCAGCGAGUGCAUGGCCAUUCUUGCUCUCAGCACUGACCUGGCUGAUAUGCGUAAGCGUCUGGGCAACAUGGUCAUUGCUAGCUCCAGAGCCGGUGACCCUGUCACCUGUGACGACAUCGGCGCUGGCGGCGCGCUCACUGCUCUUAUGAGAGACGCCCUGAAGCCCAACCUGAUGCAAACCUUGGAGGGAACUCCUGUGUUUGUGCACGCUGGUCCUUUUGCCAACAUCAGCGUUGGCAACAGCUCCAUUCUGGCUGACAAGAUGGCCUUGAAGAUUGUCGGUACCGAGCCUGAUGAGGACCACUCUGAGAAGGCCGGUUUCGCCAUCACUGAGGCUGGCUUUGACUUCACCAUGGGUGGUGAGCGUUUCUUCAACCUCAAGUGCCGUGCCUCCGGCCUUGUUCCUGACGUUGUUGUUAUCGUUGCGACCGUCCGUGCUCUCAAGGUUCACGGCGGCGGUCCCCCUAUCUCCCCUGGUGCGCCUCUCAAUGCUGUGUACAAGGAGGAGAAUGUCGACAUUCUUCGCGCUGGUUGCGUCAACUUGAAGAAGCACAUCGAGAAUGCUAAGCAGUACGGCAUUCCCGUUGUUGUUGCCAUUAACAAGUUCGUCACGGACACUGACGCUGAAAUCGCUGUCAUCCGUGAGGAGUCCAUCGCUGCCGGUGCCGAGGAUGCCAUCCUGUCCAACCACUGGGCCGAGGGUGGUAAGGGCGCCAUUGAGCUUGGCAAGGGUGUCAUCGCCGCCAGUGAGAAGCCCAAGGACUACAAGCUUCUGUACGACCUCGAGGGAACUGUUCAGCAGCGCAUCGAGGCCAUCGGUCAGAAGAUGUACGGCGCCGCUGCUGUUGAGUUCAGCGAGCUUGCUCAGAAGAAGGUUGAUACCUACACCAGGCAAGGCUUCGGAAACCUUCCCAUCUGCGUUGCCAAGACGCAGUACUCCCUGUCUCACGACCCUGAGCUGAAGGGUGCUCCUACUGGCUUCACCGUUCCCAUCAGGGACGUCAGACUGGCUGCUGGUGCAGGCUACGUCUACGCGCUCGCCGCAGAUAUCCAGACUAUCCCGGGUCUGCCCACUGCCCCUGGCUACUUGAACGUCGACGUCGACACCGAGACCGGUGAGAUUGACGGCUUGUUCUAAAUGCGUAGAGGGACCAUCUUACGUACGACAUUUUGAAUUUUGGGGGCGCUUAUAGAGAGAAUUGAUUUUCAUGGCGGGACGUGGGAAAAAAGGAAAGCGGCAUUCCAUUUAUUCAACAAAUGGCGCUGGGGGAUACGGAAAGAAAGACUAAAGAAAUAUGCAUCUGUUCAACAAUGAUACCUCCU